UUGACGGAAUAGUCCGUGUGGUAUUUUGGCAAGACAUAUUUCAAUAUUGUUAACACCGGGAAAAGGACGUUUGUGACGAUUAGACGGACUGUGUGAAGAAAGUCAUGUGAAUUUGGCAGUACUUUAUUUUGUCAACAUUUGUCAAAAAUGUUCCGUUCGACGUCCAACUCCGGACUCCGGAGGACCGAGGAAAGUUCUGGAAGUGGCAGCAACCUUUCGAUAUUCUGUCAUUUCAAUCCCCUCAAGACACGUGGAACCGGGAGUAACGUGAGCCUGUUCGCGGCUGCUAGCGAAGAGGACGACGAAGUCCGCUUUGACACGUCCGACACAGAUAACAACCGUGAGGUGUUGAUGGCUGGCCGGCGUUACCCGUCCGUCCAGGAGUUCGCCUCAGCCAUCCCCAACCACCUUCUCCUGGGCUCCCUGCUGGAGCACCUGUGCUUCGUCUACGAGAGCAACCCCACGCGCUCCCGCACGCUCUUCAAAGUCAUUGGCCAGCGUUUAGCGGCCAUGAACCUCCUCUCACCGUUGGCCAUAAGUGACGAGUUCAGCACCGUCAGGCUGCAGCACAACCGGGCCUUCACUGAGCUGCUUCACGCUGCCAGCUCCUCGCUGUAUCCACAGGGCCAGCAAGCUGCCGGCUCCAACGCGCACAAGCCUGCUGUCAGACCCAAGGAGGGGCUGUUUCAAGCACAAACGUCCCGCUAUCUCAGUGAAUUUGAAGAAGUGUUUAGACUGGGAAAAGGCUCUUAUGGAAAGGUUUUUAAGGUUAUGAACAAAUUAGAUGGACAGUUUUAUGCUGUGAAGAAAAUUCUCAUCAGAAAAGUCUCAAAGGAUGACUGCAUGAAGGUCCUCAGGGAAGUCAAAGUGUUAUCCAGCCUGCUGCAUAUGAAUGUCGUGGGCUAUCACACUGCGUGGAUGGAGCAUGUUCAGCCUGCGUCAUAUCCUGAGUCUCUCCUUCCGGCGCUGCAGCCCCCUGAACAACUGGACAGCUCCGAUGAGAGCUCCGACAACAGCAACAGCUCCUCCAUAGUUUUUCAAAGCCUCAGUCAAGCGCCAACAGACUCCAGAGCCAACGUGCCCCCGAGAGAGGCCGAGCCCCUCGGCGCUUUGGGUGCAGCUCCAGUGUGUGCCGAGACCACGCGCCAGAUUCCCAAGAACUACGUCCCCUGUGUGUUCCUGGGACAGGGAGGUCCACCCAAGAGCUCCAAAUGUCCAGCGAUGGGUUGGGAGGGCGCAGCACUGGUAGAAGACGAGUCCAGCAGGGGGGACAUCGAACUGAACAACAACUCCUGCAUCGACGGGGAAUUUCAGCAGUGGGCCAGCAAAAGACGUGCGGCGAACCCUUCUAAAGAGUUCCACCUGAUGCUCUACAUCCAGAUGCAGCUGUGUGAGCGCUCACUGAAGGACUGGAUCUCCGAGAGGAACACCAAGCCCAAAGAAGAGCAAACCCCAGGAUGCCCUUAUGGAUGUGUUGACACCGAACACACCCUCCGUCUGCUCAGAGGGAUCCUGGAAGGAGUGAAGUACAUCCACUCCAGGGGAAUGAUGCACAGGGACCUGAAGCCCAGGAACAUUUUCCUCCUCGGUAACGACUGCCAUGUUCGAAUUGGGGACUUUGGCUUGGCCUGCAGGGAUAUAAUAAUGGAGGGCCAUAAAAGCACCCCAUCGUCCAUCAGUGAGUCUUCACAUACUACAGGUGUUGGCACGUUUGUGUAUGCCGCUCCCGAACAACUGAAGGGCUCCCAUUAUGAUUCAAAGUCAGACAUGUACAGCAUCGGGGUCCUGGCUCUCGAACUUUUCCAGCCGUUCGGGACUGAGAUGGAGCGGGUCCGGACCCUGGGGGACCUGAGGGAGGGGAACAUCUCAGACUCGUUCUGCCGGAGAUGGCCCGUCCUGUCAAAGUUCAUUAUGAAGCUGACGAACAAGGAGCCAAGUGUUCGUCCCACAGCCAGCCAGCUUCUACAGAGUGAACUCUUCUUCAGUAAAGACAUAGUGAUCCACAGUUUACAAAGAAGGGUUGAAGAGCAGGAGGGAGAAAUCAUGCAGCUGAGGAGACAGAUCAGUCGGCUUCAAAGCUCAGAAGUCACAGUUAGUGUCUCUGAGUCUGAUGAGGCCAAAGCCUUAUAGGGUCUGAUUUAUUCAACUACUGUUGUACUUUGUUUUGGUGACUUGGCACGAGUGGUUGAGUGCGUGCGUGCGUGGGUGCCUGUGUGUGUGUGUGUGUUACAUUUGAAUGUGUCUUGUACACUGAGAUGUAACGGUGCUAUUAUUUAUUUUCCUUCAGCUGUUUAAUAAACCCACUUCUGCUACA